AUGCAACAUACUGAAUGUCCCUUGUUAACCCUGAACUCUACCGUAUCAUACAAAUACAUUGUUCGACCGGAGGAAAGAGAAUUCCCGCUCGCAUUCAGUUUGAUCGUUUAUACCGAUGCUGACCGGGUGCUCCGGCUGUUUCGUGCUAUCUACCGUCCACACAAUUACUAUUGUAUUCACAUCGAUCGGAAAAGCAAACCGGAAUUCGUGAACGUUACUGAACGGCUAAAACAAUGUCCCGGAGUGUCGCACAAUGUGUUCUUUGUUGAGUCGGCUAAUCGAACGGAUGUCCACUGGGGUUGGAUCAGUGUACUGGACGCGGAUUUGAGCUGCGCGCGUAUCCUGUUGGAGCGUGCACCCGGUGCUUGGAAAUAUUGGAUCAAUCUGACCGGUCAGGAAUUUCCGUUGCGUACGAAUUGGGAAUUGGUUCGGGCUCUUCGUUUGUUGAACGGAUCGAAUAUUGUGCAAGCAAUCUAUCGUUGGCGCAACGGAAAUCGAUGUCCUCCCCAAGAAACACUUCCUUUCAAUGUGAGCAGAAGCAUAUUUCACCUGUAG